AGGUCGCCAGCGACUCUCCUCCGACUCUGGCUGAGAUUCCGAGCCAGGCAGCCAGCCAGCCAGGUACAUAUAAUUUCCUGCCCGGUCUCGAGAAGUGUGCCAGUUAGAAGGAUGUUGCCCAAUUUGAAAUCGCGCCGUGUCAGCGGCCUCCAGCUGGCCGGGAAGCAUCUGGGUCCGGUGGCCAAGUGCCCGCCCAGAUAUUCCGAGGAGGACUGGGACUAUAACAACAAGAUCAAGUUUCGGAUCACCUGCGACCAGGAGAAGCUGGCCGAGCGGAUCGUGGAGGAGUCGCGUCGCGUGGUGGACGAAACGAAGGACACGACCAAGAACUGGCAGCGCGAGGUGGAGCAUCAUAUGCGCGAGAGGACCAGCGAGAUUCGCUUUUUGGUGGACGAGUUGAAUCGCCAGAAGAAGACCGCCGCUCUGGAGGACGAGGCCUUGAAUACCUAUCGCAAUCGGGUGCUGAACUGCAUUGAGUUCCUCAAGGAGAAGUCGCUGGCCAUUUGCAAGCAGUGCCUGAUCCUGCGAGAGGGAAGGAUUGGGGUGGAUCUCUGCGACGACGAGGUGGACCGCUCCUUGCGCCGCGAACUGAAGGUCAUCAAGGGCUGUCAGGGAUUGGCCGAUGCCGCCCUCAAGGAGGCCGAGGAGCAGAUCCGCAAGCUGCGCGCCGCCAUCUAUCUGCUGGAUCAGGAUCUGGCCGCCAAGGAUAAGUCGCUGGCCAUCGAUGAGAAGAACCUGAAGCUCAAGGAGUUCCAGCAUGAUCUGGCCAAGGGCUCGGAUUUGUCCAAGCAGCACUGCCAAUUUUCGCUGACCGAGUGGCAGGCGCAGACGUACGAGAAUCUGGAGGCCAACGCCAAGGCUUUGGUCUCCGCCGGCCAACUGCGGGCCUACAUCGAUCUGCUGCUGAAGCAGGUCUGCGAGGAUAUGCAGAACCAGACGGACAGGACCAACGAGGCCUUCGAGCGGAGGAUCUCGGAGACGAAGCACGUGAAGCAGUGCCUGGAGAACAAGCACAAGGACACCAUGGACCACAUCCACCAGGUGCAGCGCAACAUGACCGAGCUGGAGAAGGAGAUGAUGGACAAGCAGAGGGCAAUAACCCUCUGCCAGACGAGGCUGAGCAAUCGAGCCCACCGUCCCGGAUUGGAGCUGACCUGCGACAUGGUCCAGGAUGCCCUCUACAACGAGCUGCAGGCCUUGAAGGCCUCCGUGUGCAAGCUCAACCAGAAGCUGAACGAGAACAAGGCCUCCAUGCGGUACCUGAUGCACGUCCAGGUGAUGCAGGAGGAGGAGAUCAACAUCAAGGCGAACACCUGCAAGAUCGACGAGGUCGACUGCAUGACUCUGCGACAGGCCCUCAAAUAUCAAACCUUCUAGUCGGGCAGCACUACUUCCAGUAUCGCACCCAGUAGUCGCCACCAGCCACCAUUAAUCAAAUUAGAUGCAUGUGCAUUUCGUGUUCGAUCCCAAAUUACUUAAUAAAUUGAAAUUCACUUUCGAUUUCCAGUUA